AUGGAGAUCUUCAGGUGUUCUCUCAGCUACCUAAUCUCUCUGGUCCUUUUUCUGUUUCAUUCAGAGGCUGCCGGCAGUCCUACCCGAGGAAGAUUCAACCAGAUGGAAACCUUCAAAAUCUGGGAUGUUAACCAGAAACUCUUCUACCUGAGUAAUAAGCAGCUAGUUGCUGGAUACUUACAAGCACCAAAUGCUAAAUUGGAAGAGAAGAUAAAAGUGAAGUACACCGAGUCUCAUGAUGAUAUGUUCCUGGGGAUCCACAAAAAGCAACUCUGGCUUGCCUGUGUCAAGUCUGGUGAUAAGGUCACACUCCAGUUGGAGGAAGUUAACAUCACUGACCUGGGUAGGAACAAGGAGAAAGCCAAGCGCUUUACCUUCCACCGCUCACACAAUGGCACCACCAGCAGCUUUGAGUCAGCUGCCAACCCCGGCUGGUUCCUCUGCACAGAGUCUGAAGGGGAUGGACCUGUCAGCCUCACCAACAAGCCCAGAGAUGUCACCAAGGUCACCCAGUUCUACUUCCAAGUGGUAGCAUAA